GUAAGCCCUUACAACAGUUCAAUUUAUAUGCCAACAUGGAAAGCUGUCCGUUACCUUGUGUCCCCCAGUCCCACAUUUAUGCAGAUAUUGAUUUUAAUGUUCGUUCACUUUUGUUGAUUUUUGGUGGUAUGUCAACAAUUGAUGAAGGCGACAUUCUAGAACUCGAAGACAUCUAUCAAUUACGAGAAGAACUUGAGAUUUUGAUUCGAAACGUAUCAUAUUAUCACCCAAGAAUACGGGAACUUCAUGAAAGGAUUCUUAUGCUGAAGACAACGGUUGAUAAAUUUACAAAACAGGAAGUCAGCAUAGAAGAAAGAAUAAGAUCCCAAUAUCAGUUGCAGUGGGACGACAUGAUAGACAAAUUUACCGAUAUUUCAAUAGUCUGCAGCAAAGAACGAGAACGAAUCGAUGAACUUGAAAAAAAUGAAAUUAGGUAUAAAAGCGCACUGGAAAUUAAAAAUAGCAAAAUUAAGUCAUUAGAAGAAAAAGUUGCUACGCUGUCAGAGAGAAACGAAAAAUUGUCUUCUACAGUUAGCGAAAUGAAAGAGUGGAAUGUAACUUUUGCAAAUACGAAAGAGUGGAAUUUAAAGACUGCUCACAAUCAACUAGCGAUGUGCAAUGCAGAACGGAUAUUCUUCCAAACAACACACAAUCAGACCAUUGGGAUGAGGAUGUAUGACGAAUGGGUGUUUGACAAAACAAGAAUUCAGCAGUACUGGGACGCACAGAUCAUUCAGACAACACAUAUUAUUAGGAAUAUUUACAACAUUCGACUUGAAGCAGAAAGGCGAUACCUCGCACAGCAGUAUCAAAUUAAGAUGAACAAAUCGGAAACGGAGAUCCUGAAAUUCAAGAAAAGUUAUAAAGCACAACUUUUACAACUACAACAGAAGGUAGCUCAGUUUCAGGCGAUAUGGGAAAAGAUGGAAUCCAAUUGCUCAUCUAAGCAUGAUCGACAAAGAUGCACCAGGCUGAGGGGAGAAUUUCGCAUCAUGGUUGACAUCGUUGUCUCAAAGUAAUUAAU